AUGACGAAAUCUAAGCCCAACCGUUCAGGAAAGGUGAAGACGGCCCCAUCCCCAUCUCCUUCUAUCGAGCGAGUCGACGUAAGCCAGGAACCAGCCUCCCCACUGAAGCCCAAGGACGGUCCGCCUACUACAGUGGUGGCAGCGCAACGACCGUGCCCACAACCCCUGAACAUGUCUGGCAACGAAAUAAACACAAUGCGCACCGUCGACAUACCACCUUACGAUGGUACCGAGUCUUUUACAGUUUGGCUCAGACGCGCAAAAUUCUAUUUGCGGGAGAACUCAGAGGCCGACCGGCCCUGGACAUUACUCAAGGCCCUCGCGCCUAAACAGUUGGAUAAAGCGCUCGACGCUGGUCUCGACGCCGACCUACCCUUUGACACACUUUGCCAACGCUUGGCCAACCUGUUCAGCCAUACGUACUCCUUCGGUGACGCAAUGGAACAGUUACAACAACGGAGAUUGAACCAAGAUGAAAGCCUUACCCAGCUGGUGGAGGAUCUAGAACGCCUGACGACUGUGGCGUUACCCUCUUUGGGCUCCGAAGAUAAAGACAACACAGUACUUUAUUAUUUCAUUAAAGCACUGCCGGCAUCCGACCUUUCACGCUCGCUAUUGUUGCAGCCGCCGGACAAUUUACAACAGGCCGUCACCAGGGCCGAACGCUACCUGCGAUUGUGCCCUUCAACCUCCCGUCCCCUUCCCCCUGAAGACGCACACGCUCGAGAUGCCCAAUCUACGUCCGCGGGACGAAGUACCUUCUAUCCCCCACGACGUUUCAGAGGCCAAACACGGCCACCCUUCAAUCAUCGAGGACAACCGUUCCGCCGGCCAGGUGGACAAAUGUUUCACAACAACCAUAUCUGCACGUGUCAGAGGACAACGGGUACGGUCUCUAUUACUUCUUGCACCAGCUCAACUUUAUCAGUUACCCCUUUUUAUGCCACAGUAACCGUAGCUGGUCAGACUGUACGGGCGUUGAUUGAUACGGGAGCGACGGUAUCCCUAGUUAACCAGCGGGUCUGACAACCAGGUAUCCACCACCAGCGUAAGGACAUUCCCCACCCAGGGAGAUUGACCACGGCCGACGGAUCACGCUUAAUACACCACGGGACCGUGCCGCUCACCUUGACGCUCCCUAUUUCACAGCUGAACAUAGCUUUAUCAUAACACCCCACCUUACGUGGGACAUACUCCUCGGGACUGAUUUCCUCGCGCGUUACGAAUGCCACAUUGAUGUACGGAAUAGGCGAGUUGAAUUCCGACAUACCGACGCGGAGGGCCCGUCCGAGCCCCAGGUCGUAGGCGAAACGGCUGCCUGUGCCGCAAUCCAAGCGGCAGUUCAAAUUCCCCCGACGUCCAUUGACGAUAUAUUACCCACGACAGACCGGGCCGAAAUAGAGACGGAGACACUCAAACGGAUGUUACUUGGGUUUCACGAUGUCUUUGCGUGGGACGAGUACACUCUGGGCAGAACCAGUUGUAUACGACAUGCUAUUGAAACCGGCACAGCGAAACCUAUUUGGCAACCGCCACGGCGCAUCCCAGCCCAUUUGCAGAAGGAGGUUGACACGCUAUUAGAUAGUAUGUUGGCGACGAGGGUGAUUAAACCCUCCCGUUCGCCUUGGGCAUCGCCAGUAACUUUAGUUCCAAAGAAGGACGGCAAAAUACGUUUCUGUAUCGACUACAGACGCUUGAACGCAGUAACCACACGAGAUUCGUUCCCUCUACCACGUAUCGAGUGUACUCUUGAUGCCUUAGCUGGGUCCCGAUGGUUCUCCACUUUGCACCUGAAGUCCGGCUAUUGGCAAGUGGAAGUAGGACCGGCAGACCGCCAAAAAACGGCGUUCAUCCUACCACAAGGAUUGUACGAAUUCGAAACGAUGCCUUUCGGCCUCUGUAACGCGGCUGCCACAUUCCAACGGCUGAUGCAGGUAGUGUUGUCACACCUCUAUCCGCGCCAGUGCCUCAUCUAUUUUGACGACGUUAUUGUCUUCGGCAAAACUAUCGCACAACAUAACGAUAAUCUAUGCGCCGUGCUCCUAGCGUUACGCGAGGCAGGCCUUACGCUUAAUCCACAGAAGUGUCAAUUCCUGCGAGAGAAGGUUUAUUACCUAGGACACGAAGUCAGCCCGUCGGGUAUCAAAGUCUCAGCCGAAAAGGCGGGAGCUAUUCUCACUUGGCCGACGCCAAACUCCACCACGGAAGUCAGAAGUUUUAUCGGGUUGGCGUCCUAUUACAGACGGUUUAUCCGCGAUUUUGCAGGUAUCGCGCGUCCGUUACACCGACUUACAGAGAAAGGCCGCGAAUUUCGUUGGACGGACGAAUGCCAGGCCGCGUUUGAUGAGCUGAGAACCCGCCUGUCGAGAGCACCGAUACUUAUGCUCCCCAACACCACCGAGACGGCGCCACCCUUCGUACUGGACACGGACGCUAGUGCCUUCGCCAUGGGAGGUGUACAUUCGCAAACCGACGAUAACGGCCUAGAACGCGUUAUCUGUUUCGCUAGUAAAACACUCACCAAACCACAACGAAAUUACUGCACAUAUCGACGUGAAUUGUUGGCCAUAGUCACCUUCGUCAAACAAUUUCGGCCAUAUCUGCUAGGAAAGCCGUUCUUCAUACGCUCCGAUCAUAAAGCUCUGCAAUGGCUACAAAACACGAAGGACGCAGAGGGUCAACUUGCUCGCUGGCAGGAAAUGUUACAGGAAUAUCAUUUCACUUGUACAUACCGUCCCGGGAAACAACACGGCAACGCCGACGCCUUGUCUCGACGGCCAACAACGCCAGCCACACACGAUGAAGACCGCGCGAUAGGCGAAAUAAACGCCAUUUACGCCAGCGAACCAGCUAGACACCAUUGGGCAAUAGCACAGAGCACAGACCCGGAUACCGCAGUAGUUUACGACCACCUGUUAAACCGGCGACACCGUCCUACGGACGAUGAAUUGCGGGGGUCGUCAGAAGAAGCACAUGUACUGCGGAGCCAAUGGCCACGGCUGCAUAUCGACGAAGGUAUCCUUCUCAUUAAGGACGAGAGCACAAAAGCCGACAGAGUAGUAGUACCAGGCAGCCUCGUACACGUGGUCCUCACGGAUCUACACAACGAGUUAGGCCACGUCGGGCAAGCCAAGACAGAAGCAGCCACUCGGCAACGAUUUUGGUGGCCCCACCUACGAGAACACGUCGCCACCUUCUGCAAUACAUGCACCACGUGCGCUAAGUUCAAAGCACCUAGACAACUCCCACGUGCACCGUUGCAACCCAUGCACACUAGCUUUCCGUUCCAGCGGCUGGGCCUGGACAUCAUCGGCCCCCUCCCCUUUACGACAACCGGUCAUCGGUUCAUACUGGUGAUGAUGGAUUAUUUCACCAAAUGGGCAGAGGCUGUGCCGCUAUUACGCCAAGACGCAGUGUCGCUCACCAACGCAAUCUUUAACAACUGGAUUUGCCGGUUCGGUGUUCCGUUGACGAUACAUUCCGACUGCGGGGCUAACUUCGAUAGCAAACUGCUGCAAGAGGUCUGUGACCUCCUCGAUAUAUACAAGACCCGCAUCACCCCAGCACAUCCCGAAGGCAACGGAUGGGUGGAACGAACUAAUCGUACCCUGAAUCAACUGUUGAAGGCGUUCGCGGAAGACCAUCAUCCCCGAUACGGGGAUAAACGACUACCGUGUGCCAUGAUGGCGUACCGUGCUAACACACACACGUCAACGGGCUACCCACCUUUCUUUAUGCUAACAGGACUCAAAUUUCGCCUUCCCGCAGAUUCACGGUUCCCACAACCCGCCGCCAACGAAUACGCACCAGAUAGCUACGUAUGGCAGCUGCAGGAUUUGCUACGCUCCACUUACACCCUCGCACGUAACCACCUAGUAGCGGCCGCCGAACGACAGAAAACAUACUUUGACCGUCAGGUCCACGGCAACCCCUACCAAUUAGGCGAUCUGGUUUGGCGUUUCCAACCGGUACCGCUCUUAGAAACGGCGGCAAAGUUCUUUCACCCGUGGGAAGGACCAUUCGUUGUUGUCGACGUCAUACACCCCACCACGUAUGUAUUGCGUGACGCUUCACGCCCCGAUGGACCCACCUUCACCACCCAUUUCGACAAGCUAAAAUCUUACAGAGGACGGCUACCCACCGCCACCGCGGACGUAACCCUCAUCAUUCCCCCACAUUUAGUGCCCACCUCAGUGGUUGAAGAAACAGUGGACAUGACCCAAACAGACAGCCCUGCGGACAGGGCUCCAUCUGAGGAGGGGGGUAUGUAAGAACCGGAAAGGCAAGUUUGUUUAAUAGAGAGAAAAAACGGGCGAGCGGGAAAGAAGGAUGCGGGAGGUUUCGUGGCGUGUUUUGAGUGCGUCUUACCUCUGGUAUUUCAGGUGAGGACAGCGAAUGUCCGCAAGGAAACACCCAGGACCCCGUGGAUAUCGUACCGCCGAAAUCACCUCCCUGA